AAGCACGAGGCCGCUAUCAAUCGCAUUGUGUGCGCCCGAUAGGUACUCUCUAUAAAACGUAAGAGGACGUUCGACCACGACUACAGAUUGUAAGUACAGCAAAACGACGCACGACGGUAAAAUGCGCAGUUCGACCUUAACUUUGACCUUUGCGGUCCUAUUGGCCGCAGAGUGCGCGUUUGGCACCUUCAGGAUCCCGCUCACGAGAUUCAAGUCUGUGCGGAAGCAACUCGCGGAGGAAGGGAUCUUGAUUCACGAAGGACCGUAUCCGGAGCCACUGGUCAACUUACUCGAUGUGGAAUACUACGGUCCAAUAACAAUCGGGACCCCGCCCCAAGACUUCCAGGUGAUUUUCGACACCGGUUCUGCUAACCUUUGGCUGCCGUCUUCGAAGUGCACGACAAAGUACUGUCUGCACCACCACAGAUACGACAGCAGCAAAUCCAGUACCUACGAAGCGGACGGUCGCAAUUUCACCAUAGUGUACGGAUCAGGAAAUGUCGAAGGAUUUAUCAGCAAAGAUGUAUGUCGGAUCGGCAGCGCUAAGGUGAGCGGACAGCCCCUGGGGGAAGCCCUAGUGGUGGGAGGAGAAUCGCUGCUUGAAGCGCCCUUCGACGGCAUCCUGGGGCUGGCUUACCCGAGCAUUGCCGUGGAUGGAGUAGUGCCCGUCUUCGACAACAUGAUGAAGCAGGGUCUGCUUGGGGAGCAGAAUGUCUUCUCCGUCUACCUGAACAGGGACCCCUCCAGCAAGGAGGGUGGGGAGAUCCUGUUCGGCGGCAUCGACCACGAUCACUACAAGGGCAGCAUCACCUACGUCCCCGUCACGGCCAAGGGUUACUGGCAGUUCCACGUGGACGGUGUCAAGUCGGUUAGCGCCUCAAAAUCGGUACCGGAGUUGCUGUGCAAGGAUGGUUGCGAAGCCAUUGCGGACACGGGCACUUCGCUCAUCACCGGACCACCUGAAGAGGUGGACUCCCUGAACCAGUACCUCGGAGGCACUAAGACAGAAGGCGGACAGUACCUGCUCGACUGUGACAAGCUGGAGAGCCUACCGAAUGUCACCUUCACAAUUUCCGGAAAAGAAUUCUCGCUCCGCAGCAAGGACUACGUCCUGAAGAUAAAUCAACAAGGUCAAACGCUUUGCGUGAGCGGUUUCAUGGGCCUGGAGAUGCCUCAACCCCUGUGGAUUCUCGGAGACGUGUUCCUGGGCCCUUACUACACCAUCUUCGACCGGGACCAGGAUCGGGUUGGCUUCGCGGAAGUUGCCUAGGCCGAAAGACAUCCGACCUCGUCCGCUGCAGAGGCUUUUCAGUCAACGGUGGAUCGCACUAGAAACAAACCUGGGUUUCCAGCUGAUCAUCUUGACUGGUUGUUCUUUUCACCGUUAUUUGAAAAAAAUAAUAUAUAAAUAAAGUGAUAAAAUAAUAAAAUGUCGAGAAAAUA